UGGUAUUCCAAAAAUCUAAGAAAAUGAGAACUCAAUUUUGGAUUUUUCUACUUUUUCUGCUUCUACUAAACUUCUUCUGCCAAGCGGCAAGGCCAGUGACGACGAUCAGACCAGAGUCAAUAAUAGGGCCACAAGGGAACACGACGUUCUUGGAGGGAACAACAUGGUGUGUGGCUCGACCAGGUGCGUCUCAAGCUGAGCUACAGAGAGCUCUUGACUGGGCAUGUGGGAUUGGGAGAGUGGAUUGCUCGGUCAUUGAGAGACAUGGUGACUGUUACGAGCCAGACACGAUCGUGUCCCACGCAUCUUUUGCGUUUAAUGCGUAUUACCAAACCAAUGGGAACAAUCGCAUUGCAUGUUACUUCGGCGGAACAGCUGCACUCACCAAGAUUAACCCUAGCUACGGAAAAUGCUCCUAUGAUGUAUCAAGAUCAGAAGUCUCCGCUGCAAGAUCUCUAUCGAAGUAUAAACAUCGGUGGCUCAUGUUGAUGCACAUAGGACUUUUAUUGCUAAUUAGUCGGAGAGGCUAAAGUCUUUUCCGAAAACGUAGAACUUUGCUUAACUCAGUUGUGUCGGAACCUUUUCUUCUUGAGCAAAAUUUUCAAACCUUUUUGGCUAUAUAUUAUUGUAGCAGUUAAGCUUUGUUUUUGUUCUUACCUUUGUUCAUGGGUUUAGUAUCUUUAAAGCCUUAGAGCCUUCCUUACGUCUAACAACAAGUGUCUCUUUUUUUCUUUCAUGUUAAAUAAU